AUGAGACACAGCAAAUGUGAAGUGAUAGGUGGAAAUGAACAUCCUAUAAAGACCUAUGCCCGGGAUGCUGGAACAGACCUAAUAGGAUAUGAUGUUUCUGCAAGGCUGGAAACUUUUGGACUCCGUCCUCACACAAUCGAAUGUCAUCUUCAUCGAAGCAAGGUUGAAUGUAACCGAAGCCUGGAUGAGAUAGCCGUUGAGCAGAGAGGACAGGAGGCCCAGGAGAUACUGGAUACUUAUCAUGGUUGGAUUCAACAAGCCAUAGGUUACUGUAAGGCUGGUCCUGAAGUUGUACCUGGAAUCCUUCUGAUUGACCUCCAUGGGCACGGGCAUCCUCAUGAGUACAUAGAGCUCGGGUAUAGACUAACCUCAGAGCUUCUUAACAAAAUUGCCAACAUUGAGAAUGAGAAAAGGACUUGGAAGAGUGUUAUGACAUCAUCUGCGCGCCAUGUCUUUACACUCCGCCAUCUUGUGCGCCGGAAGUUUGGUGUCAAUCGUGUUGAAGAAGCCCUGAUCGGGCCACAGAGUUUCCCAGCCUGUCUUUCCAAUGCAAUAAAUCAGUGUCCUGUUUUGACUGGUAUUAAGAGCGUUCCAUCUGUAGAACGACCAUCUCCAGGGAAGCUGGGAUAUUAUAUUGGUGGCCAUACAGUUCGAGAACAUAGUAAAGAAGGUGGUGUUGACUGUAUACAAGUAGAACUCCCACUCUCUGUUAGAACUAAAGAACAGGAACGAAGAGAUGGUAUAUCUCAGGUACUAGCUGAUGCUCUUCUUGAGUUCUAUAAUCUCCACUAUAGACCUGGAGUUGACGAGAUUGUCCAUUACUCCUCUCCAGAGGAAUCUGACUCAGAGGAUUCUAAUUCUGACAUGGAUAUUCCUAUGAACACAGAUAUGAAUGGUGCAGCUACUGCUCCACCACCCCCUCCACCCCCGCCCCCUGCAAUGGUUUCAUCCAAUGGUGCUGAUGGAAUAAGCCACAUGUCAAUGAUGGCAAAGUCAAGAAUGCACGAGGAGCUGGUGAAGAAAGCAACAGCACGCCAUCUUGGAAUUCAGGAAAAUAGUGCCUCCAAAUUUACCCAGGAAGAAAAUAGUUCCUCGAUUAAAAUUGAGAUAUUAGCGGAACAAAAGGUUCAAAGUCAGAUUAAGGAACUAGAAAAUAAAUUUGAUAUUAUUCCAAAGGACUUGAACUUCUCAAAUCCUCCUCACAAAGGAGGAAAUGAGUCUUUACAGUUGUCUAAAAAAACAACUUCAAACUCUGCGGAAUCUUCAGAACUAGCAGAAGAUCUUGUCUUGAAACCUGCUCCUAAACCUAAACUGUAUGAUUCAAUUUUUGCCGAUAAAACCCUGUCUGAAAAAGAGAAAUUACGCCGUGAAUUUCUGUUUGGAUUAAACACGACAAAACGUGAAACUACAUCCCAAACUAUUCCUUCACCAGAAACCAAAACUAUUCCUGAUAGUUCUAAAAUUCCCUUUAAGACUCCUGAAAAAGAUGUAGCUCCUCCAACGCAAAAAAACGUUGAGCCAGAAAAUUUGGAUAAAAAGAAGAAAUGUUGUUCAUGUCAAAUCUUGUAAGUUUAUUGUUUAAAUAUAAGUUUAAAGAGUGGUU